AUGCCGCUCCGUGUCCAUAUCCCCCCGGCCACGCGCGUCUGCCUCGUCAGCCUGCUCACCCUCUCACUCCUCUACAAUAUCGCUCGCUGGCGCCAACUUGACACCUCCGCCGGCAGCCUCCAAACCACUCCAAUCAUUCCCUACCUUACCCUGGUCCCUUCUCACUUCUUCUACUACCCCUGGACUCUUAUCACCUCCACCUUCGUCGAACAGAACAUCUUCACCGUUCUCCUCAAUGCCGCGACCGUCUUCUACGGAGGGAAAUACCUCGAGCGCGCCUGGGGCUCUCGCGAGUUUAGCAAAUUUGUUGCCGCUGUUACGCUCAUUCCGAAUGCCGUGAUAAUCCCUAUCUACUUGAUAUGGGGUGCUGCUGGAGGAUCCUCUAGCCGAUCUCUGACCCAGAUCUGCGGUGGCGUCUCUAUUCAAGGCGCCUUCCUCGUCGCUUUCAAGCAACUCGUCCCUGAACACACCGUCGCAAUCCUCAAAGGCAUGGUUAGGAUGCGUGUCAAGCAUUUCCCGGCUUUGUUCCUGCUUCUCAACACCCUGAGUGGUUUCAUCAUCGGAACCGACACCGCCCUUGUUUUGGCUUGGCUCGGCCUCCUCACCAGCUGGACGUACUUGCGAUUCUACAAACGCCAGCCUGAUCUCACCGGCAUGUCGACCACUGGCCUCGGAAUCAAGGGCGACGCCAGCGAGACCUUCGCCUUCGCCUGUCUCUUCCCUGACAUAAUGCAACCCCCGAUCGGCUUUGUCACCGACCAGAUCUACGCUCUGUUGGUAUUAGUCAAGAUUAUCCGACCAUUCUCCGACGAUGAUAUCGCCUCGGGUAACCAGCAAGUACUGGCAAGAGGCGAGGCCGGCCUACCGACUCUCCUGGGCAACCAGCGCGCAGCACCGAGGGGUGCAGGCAAGCGUGAGGAGGCGGAGCGCCGAAGGGCUCUGGCCCUUAAGGCUUUAGACCAAAGAUUGCAAGCAGCCACGGGAGGACACUCCCAGGCAGGACCAUCAACACUGGCUGAACCCGGAGGUCGAGCGAACUCAAUAUCGCCCACCCCUUCCGCGACCAAUGGGGGCAUGCUGGGAGAGACCAGCUACAAUCCGGAUAAUGCAUAG